AUGCUUNAUGAAGAAGGAGAAGAAGAAUCCAAAACAGAACAGAAACAUGAAAUAGAAGAAAUUUCUGAUGAUAAUACUGCUCAUACAUUUGAAUCUACUGUUCAGUCCAGUUGGUUUGCAAGUGAUCAGCCUGCCAAAAAAGCCACAGAAAUUUUGUCAUCCGUUCAAACAGUUGGUGAUUCUGGAGAGACUGAUAUUCAAAAUAGAACAGAAUAUGAACAGGAUUACAAAAAUAAAUCAGAACUGAGAUUAGCAUUGAAACAAAAAUUGCAUAAACAGUUUCAAAAUAACAGUAGCCAUCAAGUAGAAAAGAAAGAUAAAGAAAACACUGAAGCUGUAAAAGAAAAGCAUAAAAAAACAAGAGCAAAAUGGAAAGAAUCAUUGAGUUUGGUUCUAAAAGAUAGUGAACGUGGAGUAGUUUCUGAAGAAGCAGCUUAUGAUUUUUUCACUCGAAUAUGGGAAUCUGAAGAACCAAGCUUUACAUCUGCUCCAUUGAAUGAUGAUACAACAGAAGAUGCACAUUCUAGCAAAAGACAACCUGAUAUUUUAGAUGAAUCUGAAAAAAUUGAAGAAUUAACUGAAAGAGCUACAGAUGAAACCCAUCUUUUAAUAGAAGAUUACUUUCAAACUGAAGCAGAUAAAUACAUUCCAGUACAGAGGAAGGCAAUCUACAUUCCUAGUAAUGAGCAAAUCGAAGUAGAAAAUAAAAUAUAUUUUUAUCCUGUUGCUAAAUCAGUUCCUACAGAUGCAAAAAUAACUGAAGGAAAAAAGCCUCGUGAUAUUGAAGAUGAAGGACUCUAUGUAGGAAAAUAUCCCAGUAUUACAUCACAUAAUAUUAGAAAAUUGGAAAAUAGAUUUUUAAAACAGCAAGAUAAAAAAUGGUUUGGAGAUAAUGGUAAAAUAACAAUGCAACCAGAUCCAUGUAAAAAAGUCCCUAGUAGGCCUUUGCCACUAAUCAAGCAAAAUGAAAACUUGGAAUCAACUUACAGAAAAGCAAUAGUUGAAAAUAAAGAAAAUUGGCUUUUUGACAGACAUAAAAAUCCCGAGAUUUGGCACCAACUCGAUAUUGACAUUUGCAGCAUUUCGUUUAAUCAUCAUUCAUUAUUCAGUAAAGAACAUGUUCUGGUUGCGAGAUUAGUAGAAUUAGUUAAAAGUUAUAAUGGAUAUCUUUUAACUGAUAAGGGAGUAUCUUUAUCCCAAAGGUUACAAGCAUUAAGAUCUGCAGUAAACCAAUUAAAACAAAUGAAUAAACAAGAUGAAGAUAACAGAAUUUCAGAAGAAAGAGAGGAACGAUUAUGCCAUUAUCAAGAAGAUAUUAAAAAAAUUUGUGUUGGAUUUGUAAGUGUUUAAAAAUUUUUAUUCAAAACAAAGCAUUCUGAAAGAAAAUGCAGCAGAAACCCUAUUUAAUCUUUUUCCAGGGAACAGCAGAUAUCAGCCUAAAAUUGAGAUAAACUUAGAAUAGAAGUUUUAGGAAUUGACAAUAAAAAUCAAUUGUGAUGAAUGAAAUUAAUAUUUCUAUAUAAUAAUCUCUUCUGUUAUUUCUCUCAUAUAAAAAUUUAAUGGUAACAUCUUUAAAUUCAUAUUAUACCAGAUUAUGAAAAUGAAUGGCAUGAUAGCAACAAUAAUGUUAAUAAUAAAGUACAGUGGGUGAUCGGUUAACGAA